CACGUGCGGCGGAGGCAGGCCCGGCCCGCCGCACUCGGAGCCGCCGCCAUGCCGCUGCCGCCGCUGCCCGGCCGCCCCCGCCUCGGGCGGGCCCCGCUCCUGCCGCUGCUGCUGCUGCUCCUGCUGGUGGGCCCGGCGCGGCCCAUCUCCUUCCAGCUGCCGGGCAAGGCGCGGAAGUGCCUGCGGGAGGAGAUCCACCGCGACACGCUGGUCACGGGCGAGUACGAGAUCAGCGCCCCGCCGGGCUCCUCCACCGGACCCUCCGCCAACCUCAAGAUAACUGACUCAGCUGGGCACAUCCUGUAUGCCAAGGAGGAUGCCGCCAAGGGCAAGUUUGCCUUCACCACUGAAGACUAUGAUAUGUUUGAGGCCUGCUUUGAGAGCAAACUUCCUGUGGGAACAGGGAGGAUGCCGGACCAGCUCGUGACUCUGGAUAUGAAGCAUGGCGUUGAAGCAAAGAACUACGAGGAGAUUGCUAAAGUGGAGAAGUUGAAACCCCUGGAAGUAGAAUUGAGGCGGUUGGAAGAUCUUUCAGAGUCCAUCGUUAACGACUUUGCCUAUAUGAAGAAACGAGAAGAGGAGAUGAGGGACACAAAUGAGUCGACAAACACACGGGUUCUGUACUUCAGCAUCUUCUCCAUGUGCUGUCUCAUCGGACUGGCCACCUGGCAGGUUUUCUACCUGCGUCGCUUCUUCAAGGCCAAGAAGCUGAUUGAGUAAAGGAGCAAAUCUUCUUCCCCCUCCUCUCAGAGCCAGCUGGACACCGCUGGGACCUAGCCAUGGCCUCCUGGAGCCAUCUCACAGAUGAUACCCACUGACUGGAGCUUUUCUGGAGGAACUUGGACCCUGAAGGGGGAGGGGAGCCUGAACAUCGGAGGCAAUGGGGGACUUGUGAAAUCCUGUUGGAUGUUGAGGGUGGGGGAGGUCAUGAUGGGUUUGGGUAUUCCUGGGGCAGCGAUUAAAUAAUAAAAGAUGUUUCCAUGACAGCUGCAACAAGUUUUUUGCGCUGUCUAUUCUCCUUCUAUAA